UCAUGUCCGUGCGUUAAGUGUUUACAAAAGCCAAUACGUGAUCGAUUUGUUUACAUCAGGUAUGAGAUAUUGAACGCCUUGUAGUUCACUCUGAUACAAAGAUUUAAUGUUGGCAAGUGACUUAUAAAGUUAUGUGAUGCGAGCAUCACUGAAACGGAAGUGAGAUGUCAGCGGGCCUGGAGAUUCACGAUGCGGCGUCCACGGGCGACCUUGACUCACUGGAAGAGUACUUGCGCUCCGGAAAGUUUGACGUCAACCUACGAGAUGAGGAAUGGAGCAACCGCACAGCCCUUCACUGGGCAUGCGCAAAGGGUUACGUAGAGUGUAUACGCCUUCUACUUGACUGCGGUGCUGUCGGGACUGCCCGAAGUGACACCGGAUGGACGCCGGCGCAUUUUGCAGCCGAGACCGGCAAGUUGACGGCCUUGAGAGCCCUCUAUAGCGCUAACGUCCCUCUUGGUCUGACAGACAAAUAUGGCGAUACACCGAAACGAGUCGCAGAAAUAUAUGGGUUCACCGAGUGCGUCAAGUUCUUUGAUCAAUGUGAAGCCGAGAUAGCAGCAGGUAUACAACAGGGGUUUCCCCCAAAAUUCAGUUCCGUGUUCAGAAAGAGACGCAUUUCCGGAAGGAGUUUCGCCUCGUCUCCUUCCCCUACUGGGGAAUCCCAGUCUUCAACACCCGAGAGGCAAACCACUAUGCGAAAUCUCUUUUCCACAAUGAGGAAAUCUAUAACGUCACCAUUAUCGAGACCGGGGAGUGCCUUAGAGGAGCAACGUGAAAAGGGCAUCAACAACGACGCCCCGUUUGUUCCUGAAGCGGAACGGGAAACGUGAUCUGGCACGAGAUUUCAGUGACAGGACACACUGUGGACGUAUUGACCUAAAACCCUUGUCAUGCUUUGAUGGCUUAUAAACGACCGAAUGUUUUCAUAAAUGCUGGUGUGAUUUAUUUAAAUUGUGUAAAAAAUGUUUUCUUAUAAAUUUAUAUUCAUUUCAUAAAUAAAUGUGUUAACAAUAA